GUGUAAACUGUGUAAUUACUGUAAUAAGAAGCAGAAACUUCCUUGACAGCAAAGCACACCUGUUUGCAUACAUUUUAUUUUGUGGUCUGACCAAAGAUGGAUACAAAUACAUUUUGCACACGUAAAUAAUAGUGUUGACAUUCUUCCACAUCCAUUGAGAUUUACACUAUAUAUAUGUAUGCAUUAAAACUAAUUUUAAGUAGUGAGCCCAGUGAAUUAUUGCAGAAACAAAUUUCAGUCUUGCAGUUUUUUUAAAGAAAGUUGCAAAAUGUCUUGGGUGAUGCUGGGGUGCAAAGGAUGGAGCAGGAGUUGGUGUUUUGGUACCUGACACGUGGUCCAUCGUGAGUGAACAGUGGGUGAGAGUGGCAGUGCAGUAGGGCACAUUACACACAGACACAUCGAGAUGAAAUAGCCGCGUUUACGUGGAUUUGUCACUCAAACGACUCCACUCGGACCUCUCGCCAUAUAUGUGCCCUAAACGUAGAACAUGGCAACGGCACUGUCACACUUUUUGUUGCACUUCGGCACUGUGGGCGCUCUUAACAAAGUUGAAUUUCCAAUAUGGUUGGAGAGGUUGUUGUUGUCGAGCGGGUUGUUGUCAUGUCCCCGCAGUGCCUGUAGUGGUGCUGUGAGGGAGUCUGCCGUGGAUCUGACAAAAUCCUUAGCAGCCUACCUACUGCUUAAAAUUUGAUCGAGUGCUUAUUUUAUAUCCAUCCGAAAAUCGAGUAGCGCCGAGCUCGAUGAAGAUCACUAUUAUUGUUAAUCUAUCUCGGGACAUCGAUGCGCGAAUAGCCUAGCGGAUCGUAUUUGACAUUUCGGCCGUCUAUCUGGAGCGAAUACCGUUCAACGGCCCGUACCAAUUCAAGCUGAUGUUGUCAAGGACAAGAGUCACGUGAUGUAUGAAGGCAAACACAUACAUUUCUCAGAGGUGGACAAUAAGCCCUUGUGCUCGUACAGCCCGAAGCUCUGCAAGCAACGCAGACUCAAUGGCUACGCUUUCUGCAUACGGCACGUUCUGGAAGACAAGACCGCCCCCUUCAAGCAGUGCGAAUAUGUGGCCAAGUAUAACAGCCAGCGGUGUACCAACCCCAUCCCAAAGUCAGAAGAUCGCAGGUACUGCAACAGCCACCUGCAGGUACUUGGCUUCAUCCCCAAGAAGGAACGCAAGAAGAAGCACGAUGCUUUGGAGGAGAUGCGAUCGCGGGCUCACUUGGAGUCAGUGGCCCUCAACAUAACGGUGCCCUCUUUACCUUUAGCUUCCAACGGUCUGAACGAACUUCCACCAUCGCCACCCUGUACGCGCCUGCUCGCCCUUCCCGAUGGGGAAUUCCUGGAUCCGUUUACCUUCUACGAGGACGACACAGAUGGGGAGGAGAUGGGUCCUCCUCGGAAAAGCAACGCCAUCAAGAAGAAAUUGCAGAGUCGGCUGGUGCUGAACCAGAAAAUCUGCCAGGACGCGGACCGUUUCCAGACCCCUUCUGAGCACUUUAGCCCCUCCCUCAUCGCCCGCGUCCACCCAUCGUCGCCGCUCAACACUCACCCCCCACGGCAGCAAUCAGGUCUUGUCCAGCCGCCCUCUCAGCAGGGUCUAUUAUGCAAUCCAGCACCACCUCAGACGGUCAACUUCAUGUCUCCUGGGAUCGCCGUCAAUGCAUCAGGCAGUCCCGCGCAGCCACCGGGGCCGUCGCUCAGCAGGAAAACACCUUUUGCUUCCAAUCACAUGGUAGUCAUGCGACCUGCCUCCUACUCACCGCCACCCCACUGCCUGGCCAGGUUGCAGCAUCUGGUCCAGCUCUGUGCCAAGAGACAUCGGGAAUAUGGAGACCUGUUUCCUCAUUUAGGCCUGGACUGGUCGGAGGACAGCGCUGAUAAUGACGAUGAGGAUGAAGAAGUUGAAGCAGAGAGAUUUGUUCCUGGCCUGAGCACUUGGAGACCGCAGAAUGGGUUGGAGGAUGACGCUGGCUCCUCGCGGAGAACGCGACUGCUGAGGCUUUGCUCGUACCUGGAGCAAAAGUACAAGCACAUGUGCAGGCAGGAAAGGGCGAGUAUCCGCCAGAAGAGGUACCGCUACGCCUUCCGCAAAGCCUUGGUGCACGCCGCCACUAAGAACCCAGACUGUGCCGGGCAGCUCAUCCAGGAAUUACGUGGUUCCUUUCAAAGCCCUUCAAGUGCCGGAUCGGAACUUCAUCACGGCGGGGCACCUGCGGGACAGCAGAAAACAGACGCGGGGACAUGUACAGGCAGCACAAAAGGCCAGGCCUGCGACAACAAAGCGCUGCCCUUCACCAAACACUGUUUUCAGCACAUUCUGUUGAAUCGCUCCCAGCAGCUGUUUGCAAGCUGCACCGCCAAGUUCGCAGAUGGUCAGCAGUGCUCCAUUCCUGUGUUCGAUAUCACGCAUCAGACACCACUCUGUGAAGAGCAUGCCAAAAAGAUGGAUAACUUCCUCCGCGGGGAUGGCAAUCGGCGAGUGCACCACCACCAACACCAACACCACCACCACCAUCACCAGCAACAGCACCAGCGUAAGCCGCGCAAAAAGACCAAACCAGCGGCACUCACCAAAAAACACAAGAAGAAGAGGCGAGUGCCGCGGCGGCCUCAGAAACCCGUUCCUCCCGCCUUGCCUCAGGGGUACUUGGGAAUGCCGGCUAUGAACCUCGCUCUGUCCUCCCAGGCCAGCAUCAGGAGUCCCUCGACUCCAGAACUGAGCACAGAUGAACUUCCCGACGACAUCACCAACGAAAUGGAAGACAUUCCAAAUGACCUCGAGCUGAACCAGGAGGAUUUUUCGGAUGUUCUGCCGAGACUACCUGAUGAUCUUCAGGAUUUUGACUUGUUUGAAGGCAAGAACGGCGAGUUGCUGCCCACCACGGAAGAGGCCGAGGAGCUGGUGCGCACCCUGCAAGCCUUGGGGUCCUACCCGGACUCCCUAGUGUGCCUGACCUCCAUCGGAGACCUGGCCCCGUCAGAGGGAGUGGACCACCGAGCCUUGACCGUCUUUCCCGGUGCAGUCCAGCCGGGGGCCAUGGGGGACAUCCUCCACAGUCGCCUCUCGACGGAGAACUUUCCUAGCCUGGAGCUGGAGGACAACAUCCUGCAGUCCGCCGCGGGCCAUUUCCCCCCUUCCCCGCCAUCUCAACCCACGGACCUGCCCCAAACGUCAUCUGCCACUUCGGUGGCCCCCCCGACCGGCUCCCUGCUCACUCAGGCCCCCGAGCGGACGUUCGCCCGCUCGCGGCCCCCCGCUCACAUUCUGGCCAAAUCUGAUGGAGCGGUGACGUCGUCUCCCCAAGGCGGCUGCUUUAGCGGCGAGCACGUGGCAUCGCCGUACAGCGACCAAAUCCCCUCGCCCCACGCCGGCCCCUUCCAGACAGACGCCCCCCUCCUGCUGGAACCCCCCCGCUCAUCUUGGAACAAUCUCCCCCUGCCCCUCGCCGACCCGGCGCAGUUCGGGAAUCUCAUGGCGUCGGAAAGUCAUCUCAUCUCCACGUCGCUGUCCACCCCCCCGGCCGGCAGCCACUCCGUCAACUCUGUGACGCUGCAGCCUCUGGCCGCGCUCUCGGCCCUGCCUCAUAGCGGCCUGACGGGCUUGACCGCACCCCCGGCGCCCCCUUCUUCGUCCCCGCAUGACCCCCUGACCUCCAUGCAGCCCAAGCAGCAGCUCCCGCAGUUUAGCGCGGCCUUCGGUCACCAGUUGGCCUCACACAGCGGCAUCCCCAACGACCUGCAGCCCAGCCACAGCUCCACCGCGCCACCCGCCGGCUUCUCCAUAGUUAGUGCCACCACUGCAAGUGCCAACAGCGCCUCCGCCCCUUUCACGCAGAGUAACUGAGCGCGGGUGACAACGGAAAGCGGUCCAUUUAUACGACAUCCUUCAUAUCGGGCUCCGGGUCCACGUUGGCUGUCGAAUCGCUUUGAAAAUCGACUUUGUUAACAUCUACUUCUUAACGAGUACUACUAGUAUUGGUAUAAUAGAUGUCGAACUAGUGCACAGUUUUGCCUGACUGGGAACAUUUAGUCGUGCUACUAGUGAGGACAAAGCGCAUACGUGGGCCUGAAGUUUGGAUAUCAAGGAUAUUGAAUAAAUGCUGAGACGGUAGGAAAGGAAGAAUUUGUUUUGCAUGGGUGACGGCACACCUUGAACCUUUGACUCAAAUGCGGUAACGGUGCACACGUUUGAUCAUGAAUUUGCACAACGCCAAAGGGGUCUCGUAGAAGACGUUGACAGUACUGGCCCUGACUUACACGUGCACCAACUUUUCCAAGCCCACUCAGCACCCUGCGUCUCACUCGCAGUUUUAGAUCCAUAUGGCAAGCCGUUCACAUUUAGCAAGCUAGUUAACAUUGAGUCCCAUGUCAGCUCGUGCCGUUUUGCCCGACUCGUGACACAGGAGUUGUCCUUCUCGUGAGAACAUAGCGCUUACUAGUAAGUCCACGCUCCUUAAGAUGAAAGGCUAUCUAUUAACUCAUUCAGUACCAGCCAAUUCUGGAUCAAGUCUGAAAAGACGUUUAAAAACGUCUUUGGGAGUGAAUGAGUUAAAUGCUCGAACGGCUUUAUAGCAAAAGCCGUUUGAGGAUUCAUUGAAAAACGGGCCUAGUACGCUUUUUCAAUUUGGCGCACUAGUAGGAUAUUGAAUCAAGGCUCACACUUGAGCUGCAUUUAUGUAAUAUCAAAGAUCAUUGAGACCUGCACGCUGCAAAGUACUCCCAAGUCACAUCAAGUAACUUAGUUCUGUGAAAAAGACAAAAGAGUGUGCUAGUACCUGGACCUUUCAGCCAUUGGAGCAUUUCGUUCGCUGCCAUUGACGGGUAGACUUGUCAAUGAUGUUGAUGGGGGGGGCUGCUCCUCUAAAUGUCAAGCUUGGAAACAACAUUACUGACACACAACCAGCAGUGGAUGGCAGCAUUAGUAAAAAAAAAAAACAAAAAC